CAUACCCAAUUGUUGGAGAGAGAGACUGAGAAGAUAUUAAGGUAUAUAUAUGUAGUAGAGAUAUGUUCCACAUGCAAGAGGGCCUCUUCUGCUAGCAAUUACCAAUAGCAAUUUCCCCACUUUGUAUAAUUGUAUUCCUUUCUCAGUUUUCCUUGUUGUCUAAACACUAAUUCAUAACAAGUUGGAAGCCAUGGAAACAUCUCAGCAACCCCUCUCCAUUGAAAGCUUUUCAUACAGUUGGUUAGUGAAUCUCAAGCCUCCUUCUUUUGAAAGCCUUGACAACUCCCUUAGGACUUCACUAGAUGCAUCCGAUGAAGCCUCCUUCAUCGAGAUGGACCCAACAAUGCCACCCUCUCAGAGAUUCUUUAGGAAUUCCCAGCAGGAUUUCAAAUUUGAUUCACAAUCUCCUCUCUCUACUCUUGUUCAUGCUGAUGAGCUCAUUUCCAAUGGUUAUCUUUUGCCACUUUCGGUUGAUGACCCAUUGAAGAAUAUGGAGUCAUAUGAUGAUUAUUAUGAUCAAGCCUCGAAUUCCAGUACUGCAAACCUUCCAGUCUCUUCAUCAAAAGAAGCUGCUCCAACAGAAAAUUCUUCUUCAGAUUGCUCUAAUUCCUUGAGAAGGUGCAGAAGAUUAUCAAAAAGAAUAUUUGAGAAGUACUUGGAUUUUCUCAGACCGUUGUACAAAAGGAUUAGACAAGGUCAUAAAGCAAAUCCUAAAGUAGCUGGGAAUCAUGUUGAUAAAAGGUUCCAUUCAUCGAAGAACAGCAGGGUGUAUUCAUCAGAAACUGCAUCGCCGCGAAUAAGCGUAGCCUAUUCUGCUCCUGAUGAUUGGCGAAGGUCGUGUGAUUCCGAGAGCUCAAUAUAUGAGGCAGUUCUUCAUUGCAAAAGAUCCAUAGGAAACUAAGUCAAUUGAGGACCAAGUGGUACAAAAUUAAGCAGUGAAAAACUGAAACUAGAGAAAGAAAGAGACAGAGAAGAAAGGGAAAGAAUAAAGGAAUACACAUGGGAAGAUCAUCAACCACUUGUUCUCAAAUUUGGCAUCUUCUUAUAUAGCUCUGUCUAUAUAAUUCUUGGAUGAUAUAUAAGAUUCUCAGAACUUGUGUGGAUGGUCUUCAUGAAAAUUAAUUGCUGACCUUGUAGGGAGGAGAAAGUAGAAACAUACUCUAAGUUUUUCCUCUUGUCUUUUUCUCUGUGUGGGAGGGAGAAUCUCCCUUCUCUUCCUUGCUUAUAUUCCUGUAAUAAUAAACUAAAUCGGGAUUAUUUUGUUCA